AUGACAAGCUCCGCCCCCGCACCUCGUCCCUCCGCAAUCCCCAAAGACAGCUCCCAAAAGCAAGAGCCACAGGCCUCAAGUGGCAAAGAAAAGCAAACAAACUUACCAACACAUCCCACCACACAAAUCCCGCAACCAAAGCUCCGCCUUCACGUGGAACACCUACGCCAUCCAGCCUCAAGCGCCUUCCUGACCUUGAUCCCAGACGUCGCAUCAACACUCGACAAUGCCCUAGAAAACAUCGUCAAAUACCUAUACACUCCACCCCCAAAGUCCGGAAACCUCCCCCACCGACCCACCUUCACACCCAGCAUCCCACCAACAAGAUCCGUAACCGUCUUCCUACGCGAUUACAGCGGCGUAGCCUACACAACAGGCACCGAGCUCGACGACGCGCACAAGGAAAUCCAUGUCUCGCUCCCAUACGUCCAGCACUGUACAUCGGGUCCAUCGGCGAAAGAAGACCCGCUACACGAGCUGGUCGGUGUCUUGACCCACGAGCUCGUGCAUUGCUAUCAGCACACCGCGCCGCCUAGUCGCGAAAGCAGUAGCGAGGACAUCCCCCAUCCGCCAGGCGGGCUCAUCGAGGGCAUAGCUGACUUCGUGCGGCUCAAGGCUGGUCUGGAGCCGCCGCAUUGGAAUCGGCCUCUGUCUGCUGCAGAGCGGCCGCCGAAGUGGGAUGCAGGGUAUCAGCACACGGCGUAUUUUUUGGCGUGGAUUGAGGAUGUUAAAGCUGGGAGGGGCGCUGUGGGGAUGUUGAAUGAUCGGCUUUUGAGGGUUGGGUAUGUUGGUGAAGGGGAGGGGGAGGACGUGGGUAAACAGGGUAUCGGGUUCUGGAAGGGUCUUUUCGGGGUUGGGGUGGCAGAGUUGUGGGAGGAAUAUGGGCUGUAUCUGGAUAAUCCUACAAAGGUGGGUGCUGGUAGGAGUAGUGGGAACUGGGAGGAUGAGAUUCUUAACCCUGAGUGA